CCCUGUAAAGUCGUUUAGUCACCAACAAAUGCUUCUUUUCAUGAUCUGUACUCUUCUGAAAGUCCUAAGAUGGCCUGCUGACUUAUCACACCGUCCACUAACCACAGCGUGAGCUGUGAUCUCAUUCAAUCUCCUUCGCUCCGCCCACAACCCCUCCACCAUGGGCUCUUUCCUUUACUACAGAUACUCCAAUGUUAUUUCUUAGUUUUCUUGAUAUCUUGUGUCUACCUCUGUCACAUCUUGUGGUGCGGAUGUCACUGUGGCGUUUCCUGAUUUUGCUGAGCAUCUUUAUGCUUUGUAAAGGUGAAGACAGUGAUUGCGACAACUUCACCGAUUUGGAUUUCCAUGAGUCUUUUAUGGGGACCUAUCUGUACGUGCGCCUGCUGCUGUACACCCGUGCAAACCUCGAGUGUGGUCAGGAGCUCCCGCACCACAACUUCACUCAAGAACCCCUGUUUAAUGUAAGCAGACCCACUACCUUUGUCAUACAUGGGUACCGACCCACAGGGGCACCGCCUAUCUGGAUCAACCUCAUUGUGCACUUGUUAGCAGCACAGAAGGACAUGAACAUCCUGGUAGUGGAUUGGAACAGAGGGGCGGCCAAUCUCAAUUACUUCACGGCUGUGGCCAACACACGGGGUACGGCUGUGAACAUCACCGGCUUCAUAGAGAGUAUGAAGAAAGAGGGAGCAUCUCUUGACUCCAUUCAUCUGAUUGGGGUCAGUCUGGGUGCACAUAUAGCUGGAUUCAUUGGCGCAAUGCUGGGAGGACAGGUGGGCAGAAUCACAGGUCUGGACCCAGCAGGGCCAAUGUUUGCCAGUGCUCCCACUGAGGAACGCCUGGAUCCAACUGAUGCCCAGUUUGUAGAUGUGCUGCACACAGAUAUGAAUUCUUUUGGCCUUAGAGGAACCCAUGGCCAUAUUGAUUUCUAUGCCAAUGGAGGAUUAGAUCAGCCUGGAUGUCCCAAGACCAUCUUCUCAGGAAAAUCUUAUUUUGUGUGUGAUCAUCAGAGGUCUGUUUUCCUGUACCUGUGUGCUCUGAAUCACACCUGUAAACUUAUGGCAUAUCCGUGUUCCUCAUACAGCGACUUCCUCAGUGGUCAGUGUUUGCAAUGUGAGACCUUCAAGCCUGCUUCCUGUCCUGUUCUGGGCUAUGACAUGAGCCAGUGGAGGGAUACACUCUUGAGGUUGGGGCAAACAAGAGCGUAUUUCUCAACGACGGCAGAGCUCCCCUACAGCAAGACAAGCUACAGAGUGGACCUAGUUACCUGGAACCAGUUUCUGCGCUGGGGGGUGGUCAUACUCCGACUGUACAACGGGAAAAAUGUAAUAGAGUCCCAGAUAGAUACGAAGCAGUUGAGGUUUGAGCAGUAUACAUCCACUCGAUUACUGGCACAGUUUGAUGAGGAUUUAUAUCCAAUUCAGAAAAUCUCUUUACGGAUUGUCACUGGGAAUAUGAUUGGACCUCGAUACAAGAUAAGGCUGCUUCGUAUUCGGAUAACCCCACUGGAAAAUCCAAACAGGCCACUAAUGUGUCGAUAUGACAUUAUUUUGGAGGAGAAUGCUGAGGUGUCUUUCAAACCGUUGCCCUGUAAUUAAUCUCAUCUGUAGAAAAUCACAUUGAAACGCCUAUCUGAACUAUAACAGACAUUUCAAAGUGUCUAAACAGUUAAAAACUUUUAGUGCCUUUUCUGUGAUUACUACUGUGAUUGUACUAGUAUAAAUUGUUAUACCAGACACAUUUUGUGUUGAGGGCAGAAUUAAAGUGCAGUUUUACAAUAUUAAAUUCUGACUCCUGUUGGAACGAUCUAUAUAAUUUCUGUAUAGUUAUGUAUGAACCAAAUAUUCUACUGUAAAGAUGUUUUACAUGUACAGCUUUUGCAUUCUUUUGUAAAAUAAAUUAUGUGGACUGAAA